AUGGAAGACAACACUGAGCAAAACAAGAAUAACAUUAUAUAUGAACUAGUUGAUGAUGACGGUAAUGAUGGUGAGUAUAAUAUUCAUAAUGAAGAUGAUAUCGUCAAUUCUAAUAAUAUUCCAACCGAAAGAGAUAUUAAGCGUCUAGAUGAAUUAACUGAAAAGGAUGUGUUUGAAAUGACAUUUGAUUCAGAAGAAAACGGAGAAAGAUUUUAUAAUUCGUAUGCUAAGGUGAAAGGCUUUAGUAUUCGAAGGGAUCAAUUGUAUAAGGACAAGAAUAAUAUGGUUAUAUCAAGGAGUUGGGUAUGUUCAAAAGAAGGAUACAGACAAUCCAAAUACCUUGAGGUUGAAGAACGUAAAAGAGAACCAAAACAAUUAACUAGAGUUGGUUGUCGUGCUUGUUUUCGUAUCAAAUACAAUCGGAGUACUUCCAAAUAUGAAGUGAAUGAAUUUUUCAAGGAGCACAAUCAUUCCAUGAUAGGGCCUCUUGGUGUUCAAUUUCUUCGCUCACACCGGAAUGUUACGAGUGCCGACAAGGCACAAGGCAAUGCAAUGCAUCAUAUUGGUAUGAGGACAAGUCACAUUAUGGACUUUGCUGCACAACAAGCAGGUGGUUAUGAGAAUGUUGGGUUCAUACAGAAGGACAUGUACAACCAUUUUGGGACUGAGCGUAGAGUGCAAGUUGUCGAUGGUGACGCAGAAGGUGCUUUGGCUUACUUAUGUGGUAAAGAAGAGCAAGAUCCAAUGUUUUAUUAUAAAUAUGAUGUAGAUGAAGAAAAUCGAUUAAAUAAUUUGUUUUGGACUGAUGGUGGAUCUCGAACAGAUUAUCUGUAUUUUGGUGAUGUGUUGAUGUUUGAUACUACGUAUCGGACAAAUGCGUACAACAAACCUUUUGUGAUACUACAAGGUGUGAGCAACCACUUUCAAACGACUGUUUUUGGGUGUGCACUGUUAGCUUCCGAGACAGUAGAGACAUACAUAUGGGUGUUAGAGAAAUUUCUUGAUGCGAUGGAUCACAAGAUGCCUUUGUCCGUAAUCACUGACGGGGAUAAGGCCAUGUGUAGAGCAAUCAAAACAGUUAUGCCUACUGCUCGACAUCGAUUAUGUAAAUGGCAUCUUAAAAUGAAUGCUCUUUCCAAUAUCCACAUAGAAGGAUUUCUUCAUAGCUUUGAAAAAUGCAUGUCAAUGCAAUGUACACAAGAAAUGUUUGAAUUAGAGUGGAAGAACUUUGUAGACAAGUAUGGCCGUCAUAAUAACAAGUGGAUUGCAUAUGUAUAUUGCAAGCGUACUCUAUGGGCUGAAGCAUACCUCCAUGGACAUUUCUUUGCUGGUGCAAAAAGCACGCAACGUUGUAAGAGUAUGAAUGCAUUUUUGAAUCGAUUCCUAAAGGUGCGCCUAAGGCUCUUUGAAUUUGUAAGGGCAUAUGAUAGAGCACUUGCAAGACUUCGCCAUAACGAAGCUAAGGCACAAUCCGAAACUGAGAAUACCACUCCUAUUCUUUCUACAGGUAUGAAAAGGAUUGAAAGACAUGCAGCUGAUAUAUUUACUCGUGCCAUAUUUUUCAAAUUUCGCGAACAAAUAAAAUCCGAGCAAGUGUUAUUUAUGUCAGGAAAAACUAGUAAGUAG